GGUUGGAUUAAAAUAAUUUUUAAUAUGUUUUGCAAACUAUGUGACAAAUAUUCAGAUGGUUUGCUAGGCAUAUUCGAUGAAGAAGGUGUUCAAAUGGGUAUUGCUGAUAUUAUCGGGUUACACUUUUGGUUUAAGUUACAUUCUGAUGAUGACAUAUAUGCAGCGAUUUGCCCAUCGUGCUGGUUAAAACUAAACGACUUUCACCAAUUUUAUAAAAUGGUAGAGCAGGCUCAUUCAGUACUUGCUGAUAACAGCAUAAAAAAGGAGCCCCUAAGUGAAUUAAUGGACAUUGAAUUUAUUGAUCCUAAUGUAACUAUUAAAAAAGAACCCGAAGAAAAGACAAAUUCGAAGGCUAAAAAGUCCACAGACAACUCGAGUGAGGAGAUAAAUCAAUUUUGCGAACUAGAAAUGCCCUCUUCAAUUAGUAACGAAGCAACAAAUACUGAAACGGACUUGCUAAAUCCUUUUAGUGAACUAAGCUCCCUUAAAAUAAAAAAUGAUAUCGUCGUGAAACUGGAAUUUAAAAAUGAUGAAAACAAUUUGCCUAAGAUGGCAGACAUACAAUCAACAAAUUCAGAAAUCAGAAAAAAACAAAAAUACGUUACACUUCAAAUAUUAGGCUCUAAAAAAAUUAAGCGUAAAAAUGAAGGAGAUAAAUCUGCAAAACCAAAUGAAUGUCCGAAAAAGAUUAAAAGUCGAUCAAAUAUUAAAUCAAGUUCGGAAGACAAAGAGAUGGUUAAAAAAUAUAUUCCUAUGAUCUGCGAGUUGUGCACAUUUAUCAGCGAGGACUUUUCUUCUGUUAGAAAACACUUCCAAAAACAGCAUCCAAAAAUAAGAUCAUACGUAAGAUGUUGCAAUAAGAAAUUAUUUCACCCUAUUGAGAUCGUACGUCAUGCGUAUAAACACGACAAUCCUGAAUUCUUUAGGUGUAAAGACUGUAAAAAAAAUUUUGCGGAACAGUCAACACUCUCCCGUCAUAUGAUAACUGCCCAUGCACCAGAGGAGGAACUAAAUUACAAUUGUGAUCAAUGUCCUAAGAGAUUUCCUUGCCAAAAGAAACUUGAAAUUCAUAAAAACUCGCAUGUGCCCCAGAACGAGCGAAUAUUCGUUUGUGACCUAUGUCCUAAUAGUCGCUUCGCCAGUAAUGAUAUUUUGAAAAUUCACGUAUGCAAGCAACACGGUCGACCAACCAAUAUUUGUCAUGUGUGCGCUAAAGAGAUGCGCGAUAAAGCGUCAUUUGAAAAGCAUGUACGGUCGCAUUUCGAUGAUGGUGGUCCGAAGGUAAAAUGCACAUUGGAUGGUUGUGAUCGUUGGCUCAAGGAUGAAGAUAAUCUUCGACGACAUAUACGAAGAUUACAUACCAAAGAUCAAAAAGCGGUCACAUGUGAAACAUGCGGACGGGAAUGUAAAAAUCAAGAUGCUUUAACAAGACAUAAAUAUCGGGUUCAUUCAAAUAUCGUAUUUACCUGCGAGGAAUGCAAAAAGACUUUUAAGCGAGCGAUUCAUUUGCGGGAACAUAUGGCACAACAUACUGGUGAAAUUCUUUACAAAUGUCCAUUUUGUACGCGUACUUCCAAUUCAAAUAUGCAUUCGCAUAAAAAGAAAAUGCAUCCCCUAGAAUGGGAGAAUUGGAAAAAAACAAAUAAUGGAAGUUCACAGCAGAUAUUGAGUAAUCAACAGGAAAAUACACAAAACUUGUAUUCAUUAUAUAACAAUUAAUACAUAAUCAUAGUGAAUGUUUUUGCAUUAAAUAUACAUACAUUUGUAUUUAUAUGUACAGUUAGUAUAAUAGCUCUUGGCUAUGGAUAUUUUAUUACUAUUAAAUAUGUCUUAUGACUCGAUAUUUUAUGUCACAAAUACACUCCAGCCAGUUAUUAUGUUGUAA